AUGGGUACUCUCAUCGCUGGCUUCAUUCUGGCCGGACCUGCCCUGGCAACACAAGCGACCACUUUUGCAAUCGUUUCUGAGAUCCUUCCUCGGCAGCAUCGCGGCCUAGCACAAUCCGCUAUCUCCAUGUCGAUGGGUACCGGCGGGGUCAUUUCAAUUCUUAUGGGAGGUGCACUCCUUCGCAACAACGAAUUGGAAAACUAUCGGAUCUACUGGUAUGUUGCAGCAGCUGUAUACUUUGUUGGCUGCUUGGGUGUCGCGGUUGGCUAUCGGCCACCUCCACGAGAGCUCCAGCAAUCACUCACGACUCUUCAGAAGCUGCGGAAACUCGAUUUUAUCGGCCUGGUUCUCAUUGGCGGAGGUCUCGCCUUGUUUUCAAUGGGCCUCCAAUGGUCCACUUCAUACUCGUGGGGUGAUGGUCAUGUACUGGGGCCCUUCGUGUCUGGCAUCGUCCUCAUGAUCGUUUUCGUCAUCUAUUCAUGGGUCGUCAGAAGUGACGGGUUCAUGGAUCAUAAACUUUUUGGAGACCGCAAUUUCCCCCUGUCCCUUGCACUCAUCUUUCUGGAAGGCUUGAGUUUCUUCGCUGCCAAUUCAUACUUGGCUUUCGAGAUUGGAGUUCUUUACCAUCUGGAUCUGCUGGAAUCCGGAUAUCGAUUCGUCGUGCUCUUUGUCGGCUCAAUCGUCUUUGCCGUGAUCGUAGGAGUCUAUAUGGGGUACUCCAAACAGGUGAGAGAGCCCGUUGUCGUUGGAUUUGUACUUUUCGUCCUGUCCUUCGCCCUCUUUGCCGCCAUCGACGCGCACACUGAACAGUGGAAAACCUGGAUCUACUCGCUCCUAGUCGGCCUUGGUCUUGGAUUUGUCUUACCCACUCUCUACGUGGCAGCCCACAUGUCGACUCCCAAGGAGAUGAUAUCCGUCACUACAAGCAUUGCCUCCGCAACGAGGUCAUUCGGAGGUGCCGUCGGGAUCGCAGUAAACAACGCUCUGUUCACGGACUCAUUCAACAAGAAACUUCCACAGAAAGUAGCUGCUGCAGUCCUCCCACUUGGCUUUCCACCAUCGCAGCUAGGCAUGCUCAUACCUGCGCUAGCUUCUGGGAACGAGGAAGCUAUCCGCGCGGUGCCGGGAGCCACCCCUCAAAUUCUUGGAGCGGGCGGUAGUGCUGUUACCGACGCCUAUUUACAGUCAUUCCAAAGAGCAUGGAUUGCAGCUGCUGCUUUCAGUGCAGCAGGAUUGAUAAUGGCAGUGUUUCUUCGAAACCCGAAAGAAGACUUUAACGCACACAUUGACGCACCUGUCGAGGUUCGAAGAGCUCACCAUGAGCAUGAGGAGAGCGCGCUUGGUGUAUCCCGGGAAAAGUAA